UACGAUAUUAUGGUGAAGUCGACUCCACAUUUUCCCUUGCAAAUUCGCUCCGGUUUCCUGCUCUCUGCUGUUUCUCUCUGUGUCAGUCGUCUUAGCUUCUGCAACUUGGAUGAUGCACACGCUUCUAUAUAAUGAGGAAGACCAAGCUUCCAGAGCAGCGAUAAAUAAUUUUAUUAAUCUGCUCGGAAAUGGAGAAUUUUAUUCCGCCGGAGUUCGAUUUGCACCAUAAAGAGCGGUCGGAGGAGGCGCUGAAGCGGUGGCGCGAUGCGGUUGGGAAAAUAGUGAAGAAUCGUCGACGGCGCUUCCGCUAUGCUGCUGACCUAGAAAAGCGCUCCGAAGCCAAGGAGCAGAUGCGGAGACUCAGGGACAAUAUACGUAUUUGCAUUGUCGCUUAUACUGCAGCAAUCAAGUUUCUUGAGGGUGGACAAUGCAAGACAUCACCCAUAAGAGACACUGGAGUCUCUAGUGAAAACCCUGAAGACGAUGCAGAGAUGGAGUUUCAGAAUGGGCUCAAAGAACAGGCUAAACUUGCUGGAUUUUAUAUCAAUCCAGAUAAACUUGCAUCCCUUGUUGCGUCGUAUGAUAUUAGGACCUUAAGAAAACUAAAAGGAGUCGAAGGACUUGCAGAUAAACUGAAUGUUUCACUAGACGGAGGAAUCAGCUCCAGUGAGGUGCUCACAAGACAAGAUGUAUUUGGUCCCAAUUUGUACACUGAGAAACCUUUGAAGAGUUUAUGGAUGUUUCUGUGGGAUGCUUUGCAUGAUCUAACACUAAUCAUACUUAUGGUCUGUGCUGUAGUCUCUAUUGUUGUGGGACUCGCCACCGAAGGGUGGCCUAAGGGCAUGUAUGAUGGGGUAGGAAUCCUUUUAAGCAUACUUCUGGUGGUUAUGGUUACUGCAAUUAGCGACUACAAGCAAGCGCUGCAGUUCAAGGCAUUGGACAAGGAGAAGAGGAAGAUUUUUAUACAGGUCACUAGAGAUGGAAUCAGACAAAAAAUCUCCACAUAUGACUUGGUUGUUGGAGAUGUUGUUCAUCUUUGCAUUGGAGAUCAAGUUCCUGCAGAUGGAAUUUUUAUCUCAGGUUACAACUUGACGAUCGAUCAAUCAAGUCUGACUGGGGAAAGUCUGCCAAUAUAUAUAUCGGAGAAACGGCCUUUUCUGUUAGCCGGAACAAUGGUUAAAGAUGGGGAGGCUAAAAUGUUGGUGACUACUGUUGGUAUGAGAACUGAAUGGGGAAAGUUGGUUGAAACACUGAACGAGGGAGGAGAGGAUGAGACUCCAUUACAGGUGAAGCUGAAUGGUGUGGCAACAAUUAUUGGUAAAAUUGGGAUUUUGUUCAGUGUUUUGACUUUUGUAGCGUUGACGACGAGGUUUCUGGUCGAGAAAGGACUUCGCCACGAGUUUUUUAUAUGGUCUUCCGGUGAUGCUCUGACUCUUUUGGAUUUCUUUGCUACUGCAGUGACUAUAAUAGUCGUCGCAGUUCCAGAAGGCUUGCCACUUGCUGUGACUCUGAGUCUUGCUUUUGCUAUGAAGAAGCUAAUGAAUAACAAGGCAUUGGUAAGACACAUCUCAGCAUGUGAGACGAUGGGUUCUGCUACGUGCAUUUGCACUGAUAAAACCGGUACGUUGACUGCAAACCAUAUGGUGCUGAGUAACGUGUGGAUUUGUGGAAAAGCAAAAGAAGUAGAUGUCCAUGGAGAUAGUCAUGAAUUGGAUUCCAUUAUAUCCGAGCCUGUACUAACCAUUCUCUUGCAGGCUAUAUUUCAUAAUACCGGCUCAGAGGUGGUUAGGAAUAAAGAUGGGAAGAUAUCCAUUUUGGGCUCACCUACAGAAUCAGCAGUCCUACAGUAUGGAUUGCACCUUGGUGGUGAUUCUGAUGAGCUUCGCCGAGCCUGCAAGGUCUUAAAGGUUGAGCCUUUCAAUUCCGAGAAGAAAAAAAUGUCGGUCCUUGUGGCUCUUCCAAAUGGAAAAGUACGAGCAUUUUGCAAAGGUGCACCUGAAAUUGUGCUAGCAAUGUGUGACAAGGGGAUCAAUGCGAAUGGAGAACCUUUUCUUAUGUCUGAAGAAGAAGUGAGUAAUGUCUUGGGUGUGAUCAAUGGGUUUGCCAGCGAAGCUUUGCGCACACUCUGUUUAGCUUUCAAGGACAUUGACGAUGACUUUCAUGGCAACAGCAUUGCUGAUCAUGGCUAUACUUUGAUUGCAAUAGUUGGAAUAAAAGAUCCCAUUCGUCCGGGAGUGAAGGAAGCAGUUAAAGCUUGUUUGGAUGCUGGAAUCACCGUGCGCAUGAUCACUGGUGAUAACAUCAACACAGCUAAGGCGAUUGCCAAAGAAUGCGGCAUCCUUUCUGACGAUGAUCGAGCUAUAGAAGGUCCAGAUUUUCGUCGCAUGACUGAAUAUGACAGGAGUCUAACAAUACCAAAUCUUAAGGUUAUGGGUCGGUCUUCGCCAAAAGACAAAUAUGAUCUGGUCAAGAUUUCUCGAAGCAUGCUUAAAGAGGUUGCUGCAGUUACUGGUGACGGAACAAAUGAUGCUCCUGCGCUGCAUGAAGCCGACAUUGGUCUUGCCAUGGGGAUUUCCGGAACAGAGGUUGCUAAAGAGAGCGCCGAUGUGAUUGUGUUGGAUGACAAUUUUUCGACGAUAGUAACAGUCGCGAAAUGGGGACGUUCUGUGUACAUCAACAUUCAGAAAUUUGUGCAAUUCCAGUUAACUGUUAACAUUGUUGCUCUCAUGAUCAAUUUCAUUUCUGCUUGUGCCUCAGGAUCAGCACCUCUUACUGCUGUGCAGUUGCUCUGGGUGAACCUAAUUAUGGACACUUUAGGGGCACUCGCACUGGCGACCGAACCACCACAAGACGAGCUCAUGAAAAGGCCGCCUGUCGGGCGUAGCGAGAGUGUCAUUACUGUUACCAUGUGGCGGAACAUCAUCGGACAGAGCAUCUAUCAGCUGUCCAUUUUGCUUGUCCUCAACUUCUGUGGGAAGCAAAUAUUAGGACUUACAGGCUCUGGUGCUACUGCUGUGCUCAAUACUUUCAUCUUCAACACCUUUGUUUUCUGUCAGGUCUUCAAUGAAAUAAACAGCCGUGAAAUUGAGAAGAUAAAUGUCUUCCGAGGAAUACUAAGAAACUGGGUAUUCAACGGCGUAGUAGCUUCCACUGUUGUGUUCCAAGUGAUGAUAGUAGAAUUCUUGGGAACUUUUGCCAGCACUGUUCCAUUGAAUUGGAAGCUAUGGCUGCUAAGCGUUGCACUCGGUUUGGUGAGCAUGCCUGUAGCCGUUGCCCUCAAGUGCAUUCCUGUUAAAAAGAAGACCGAUGCACAAGAUGAUGGAUACCAACUCCUCCCUAGCGGCUCGGUUCUUGUUUAGCAAUGCUGCAGGAGAAGUCGCCAAGUGCCGCCAAAUAAGAAUGAAUGAAUGAACUUUCUUCUUAACUGCCUAACGAUGCCAGUAACUUGCUAUUAUGUAAAGGGCGCCUGUAUAUAAUAUAUAAUUUCCCCCAGGAUUAAGGCCUGUUUCAGUCCUGCUCUUGUCAGUCACUACUCACUACAAUACGUACAUACAGUGCAGCCAAGGACUUCCUACAAGUAAGCACUAAGCAUUCUCUCAUGUUGUGGAAUUAAACCAUGUUAGUAAUAUGCUUGAGAUGUUUAUUGCCAUUUUUACCUUUUAUGAGCAUCAUGAAAUAAAUACAUCUAAUGAUGAAUA